AUGGUUCCAUCUACUGUCAAGCUCUCCAAAUCCAUUGGUCAACCACUUUUCGAUGUGACUUUGUAUAGAAGUACCCUUCAGUACCUUACCCUCACCAGACUUGAUUUGGCUUUCUCGAUCAACAAGGUUUGCUAUUUUAUGUAUAGCCCAAUGACUGAUCACUGGUUGGGUGUCAAGCGCAUCCUUUGCUACAUUAAGGGUACUCUAUAUCAUGGUAUUCAACUUACACCUGCUCAUUCCCCUCUUCUUAAUGCAUUCACUACUGUUGAUUGGGCUUAUUUCCCAGAUGAUAGGAAGUCUACUAGUGGGUUCUGUAUUUUUCUUGGGCCUAACAUUAUCUCCUGGAGUUCAAAGAAGCAGCCUACGAUGGCUCGCUAUAGCACCGAAUCUGAGUACAAAGGUGUUGCAAACACCGCUUCUGAACUCCUCUGGCUAUAG